CCCGGCGGGUUACUCCUUUUACGCCCGGCCCCCAUCCCCAGCCCCGCCCCGGCGCCCCUGCCCGCAGCCGCGUCCUCGUCGUCGUCUGCGCUCCCGGCGCUGACGUGUCUGGGCGGUCGGCUUCCACUCCUUCAGGCGCCGGCAGCCACUAGUCGUGGCGAGAGGGGCGGGGUGGCCGGGGCUGGCACUCCCCUUGGCCCCCGCUCCCGGCCCGCCCCGCCGCCGCGGCCCCCCGGAUGAGGGUAUAUAUUCGGAGCGGGCGCGGGACGCCGAUGAGUGGCCGCGCGGAAGGAGCUGGAGACGGGCGUACCAGCGGUCGCGCCGAGGAAGGUUUACAGGUACAUACAUUACACCCCUAUUUCUACAAAGCUUGGCUAUUAGAGCAUUAUGAACAUUAAUGACCUCAAACUCACGUUGUCCAAAGCUGGGCAAGAGCACCUACUACGUUACUGGAAUGAGCUUGAAGAAGCCCAACAGGUAGAACUUUAUGCAGAGCUCCAGGCCAUGAACUUUGAGGAGCUGAACUUCUUUUUCCAAAAGGCCAUUGAAGGUUUUAACCAGUCUUCUCACCAAAAGAAUGUGGAUGCACGAAUGGAACCUGUGCCUCGAGAGGUAUUAGGCAGUGCUACAAGGGAUCAAGAUCAGCUCCAAUCCUGGGAAAGUGAAGGACUUUUCCAGAUUUCUCAGAAUAAAGUAGCAGUUCUUCUUCUAGCUGGUGGGCAGGGGACAAGACUCGGCGUUGCAUAUCCUAAGGGGAUGUAUGAUGUUGGUUUGCCAUCCCGUAAGACACUUUUUCAGAUUCAAGCAGAGCGUAUCCUGAAGCUACAACAGGUUGCUGAAAAAUAUUAUGGCAACAAAUGCAUUAUUCCAUGGUAUAUAAUGACCAGUGGCAGAACAAUGGAAUCUACAAAGGAGUUCUUCACCAAGCACAAGUACUUUGGUUUAAAAAAAGAGAAUGUAAUCUUUUUUCAGCAAGGAAUGCUCCCCGCCAUGAGUUUUGAUGGGAAAAUUAUUUUGGAAGAGAAGAACAAAGUUUCUAUGGCUCCAGAUGGGAAUGGUGGUCUUUAUCGGGCACUUGCAGCCCAGAAUAUUGUGGAGGAUAUGGAGCAAAGAGGCAUUUGGAGCAUUCAUGUCUAUUGUGUUGACAACAUAUUAGUAAAGGUGGCAGACCCACGGUUCAUUGGAUUUUGCAUUCAGAAAGGAGCAGACUGUGGAGCAAAGGUGGUAGAGAAAACGAACCCUACAGAACCAGUUGGAGUGGUUUGCCGAGUGGAUGGAGUUUACCAGGUGGUAGAAUAUAGUGAGAUUUCCCUGGCAACAGCUCAAAAACGAAGCUCAGAUGGACGACUGCUGUUCAAUGCGGGGAACAUUGCCAACCAUUUCUUCACUGUACCAUUUCUGAGAGAUGUUGUCAAUGUUUAUGAACCUCAGUUGCAGCACCAUGUGGCUCAAAAGAAGAUUCCUUAUGUGGAUACCCAAGGACAGUUAAUUAAGCCAGACAAACCCAAUGGAAUAAAGAUGGAAAAAUUUGUCUUUGACAUCUUCCAGUUUGCAAAGAAGUUUGUGGUAUAUGAAGUAUUGCGAGAAGAUGAGUUUUCCCCACUAAAGAAUGCUGACAGUCAGAAUGGGAAAGACAACCCUACUACUGCAAGGCAUGCUUUGAUGUCCCUUCAUCAUUGCUGGGUCCUCAAUGCAGGGGGCCACUUCAUAGAUGAAAAUGGCUCUCGCCUUCCAGCAAUUCCACGCAGUGCUACAAAUGGGAAGUCAGAGACCAUCACAGCUGAUGUCAAUCACAACUUGAAGGAUGCCAAUGAUGUACCAAUCCAGUGUGAAAUCUCUCCUCUUAUCUCCUAUGCUGGAGAAGGAUUAGAAAGUUAUGUGGCAGAUAAAGAAUUCCAUGCACCUCUAAUCAUCGAUGAGAAUGGAGUUCAUGAGCUGGUGAAAAAUGGUAUUUGAACCAGAUACCAAGUUUUGUUUGCCACGAUAGGAAUAGCUUUUAUUUUUGAUAGACCAACUGUGAACCUACAAGACGUCUUGGACAACUGAAGUUUAAAUAUCCACAGGGUUUUAUUUUGCUUGUUGAACUCUUACAGCUAUUGCAAACUUCCCAAGAUCCAGAUGACUGAAUUUCAGAUAGCAUUUUUAUGAUUCCCAACUCAUUGAAGGUCUUAUUUAUAUAAUUUUUUCCAAGCCAAGGAGACCAUUGGCCAUCCAGGAAAUUUUGUACAGCUGAAAUAUAGGCAGGAUGUUCAACAUCAGUUUACUUGGAGCUGGAAGCAUUUGUUUUUGAAGUUGUACAUAGUAAUAAUACGUCAUUGUACAUGUUGAAAGGUUUCUAUGGUACUAAAAGUUUGUUUUAUUUUGUCCAACAUUAAGCUUUUUUAAGAAAAUAAUUGGGCAGUAAAAUAAAUAUAUCUUGUCUCUGGAG